UCGUGUAAAGAGUUUGGUUCAACGAUUAAAAAAUCGCAGAAAGUUAUAAUGUCAAAAACAUAUAGUCCCACUGUUUUUAAUGGAGAAGCUGACAAUUUUUAUGACCCAAAUUUUACUUUGGACAUUAACAAAAGGAUGCGUGUUCCCAAGAGUAUUCGAGUAAGUGGAGAUUACACAGAUGAAGAAAUAGGUAAUACAAAUGGUUCUCGAUGGAAUGAAAUUACAGGAGAAAAAUUUGAAAUGCAUGUCCCAGACAGAAUCUUAGUUGUUGGACAUGAACAACACAUUGGAACAAGAGCACCACCAAGAGAAAUUACAUUAGAAAAUGCUGUUUUACCACCUGAACCAGGCAUAGUUAGGGUACAGACUCCGCCAAGGGUUUUGACACUGGAUAACCAUUAUUUUCCAACAGUUGAUGAAGAAGAAUCAAAUUCAUAUUUAACUGAAACUAAGGAUUUUUCUUCCCAAUCAUGUGGACAAUAUUCUGCAGAAGCACAAAUAGUUAGGCAUGCUAAAGAACAUACACCUUCAUAUAGCGCGCUUAAUGUUUCUCUUCCACCUAGUGAAGAGAUACAACAUUUACGUCGACAGGUAGGGAAAUUAAAUCGUCGAGUUAUGGCUAUUGAGCUUGAAAUGUUGCAACGUCAACAAAGAGAAAAAAUUGUAUAUGCGUUAACAUUAACGUACUUAAUCCUUAAAGCUUUUUCAUGGUUAAGAAGAAACUGAGUUUGUGUUAAGAAAAUAUAAAAGAUUUGCAUCUUGUGUGAAAAAUGGUGCUGUUAUUCCAUAUAAGUACGAGAUGUUUUAUAAGAGUCUGCCUUGC